GCGGUCAGCUGACCAACGCGGAAGUGGAGUCAUUCAUGAACAUUGUUUACAGGGUGCAGGUGGCGUUUUUAGGAGUUUUGAGAACAUGGUUCGCUGUUUCUUGAUCCACACGGUGUGCCCGGUGAGUGCUCUGUCUGCCGGGGACAGUCGGGUGCUUUACUCCCGGGUUUUCGGUCCAGACGAAGAAGUAUUUUCCGAGCAAAACGGAGAGCUCGGCCCGGAGGAAAGAAGAGUUCUGCAGAAGGAGAAGGUAGCCGUGGUAGCGAGGCAGGUCCGGAGCGCCGUGUCUCUGUCCAGGGAGGCGUCGGGUCGGCUGCUGGUGGAGACGGUGCCGGGUGAGGAGGCUCUGGCCCUGCAGGAGGCCGACAGCGGGGUGGUGCGGCUGAGAGCCGGAGACCCCUUCUCCAAAGAGAUGAGCGCUGUGUGGCUGGGGGUCCAGAACCUGGGCUUCGUGCUGGUCUGCGAGCCCCACGAGAACCUGCUGCUCGCCGAGGGAACCCUGCGCAACCUGACCCGACACUGUCUGGAGCACCUGCACAUGCUGGGGCAGGGCAGCGAGGUCCUGCUGAAGAGCAACCGCAUCGACUUCCUGCUCAGCCGCCUGCUUCCUCACGGCCAGCUCCUCUUCCUCAACCACCGCUUCAUGCAGAGUCUGGAGAAGGAAGUGGCCGCCUACAUGGCCAAGUGAUGCCGUUCAGGGAGCCGCCUUAAAGUCUGAGUUUUGAACUCAAUUACCGUUGAGACGCACAAGACGCCGGCUGUUAUUUACCUUUCUACUGACAUUUCUGUGUCUGGAAGAAGGAGGACGAGGGCGGACUCCUGACUCCUGACUGCUGCUUCUAGAGAUUGCAUGAUGUGUACACACACAGAGUGGUAAAUAUCUCCCUGAGCCACUUGCAGCUCACCGUUGGCUGUUUACUGUGUGGGAGGCUUCACUUCAAAUCCUGUUUGUCAAAUUGAAGAGUGGAAAGGAAAAUGUGGCAGAUUAAAGAGUGCCGCUGAAGAGGCCGGCUCAGACGCA